CUGCCCUUACACGUAUACGUACGUGCACCAAACAUUUACAACCCCAAAUACAUUUUGUGGUACAUUUUAUUAGAAUUUGGAUCUUACCUUAGCAUCUUUACUCCCGAUUCCUAUCAUCUAAUUUCAUAUGCAUCUCCAUCUCUCUUCCUAAUUUAAUCCUCGCACACAUACUUAUCACCCUACUUCCUUAUAAAUAUUCCUUGCUUUCUAACAUUGACAAAAGCAAAAGAAAGCACAGGAGAUAGAAUUAAAUUUGUUACAAACAUGAAUGUAGUACUGGUAUUAUAUCCGCUUGAAGCUCUUGUUUUCAAUUAUUUGAGCUUCGGAUUCUUAACUUUCGUCAAUAGUGUUUGGACAUGGGUUGCCGUUAUUACUGCUGCCUUUAGCUUCUGGAGAAUCAAAACCUUUCAAACUUUGCCGACACUGGAGCCACGUCGUGGAAACAUUUUCGGCCAUGUCCUAAUAUCUCCAUCCCCACUUGGACAAUCAGUGGUAACAACUUCAUCCUCGUCACAGGUAGAAAGGGUGUCAAGUCAGUUAGCUUCAAAUGAGGAAGGAACAAAAGGGAAACUCACGGUGUAUUUCAAGCAAUAUGAGGAAUCAGAACAUAACGGCGAUGGAGAAUGUCACGAUCAGGAAGGAGAAGAUAACGACGUAGAGUCGUGUGAGGAGUGGUUUGAGAAUUGGGAUAGACUUUUGAGAAUGAAAAAAGGGGAAAUGGGAUGGUAUUCUUAUCAGGACACGAAGGUAAUUGAUGGCAACGUAGUUAGGUUGUGGGACGAUUCGAGAUGACGGUAGAAUGUGGAAGUCACCACUUUCUCGGUUUGGCAGAUAAAAAUCAUCAUAUGUAUGGGGAUUGAGGACGAGGGACAGUGAAAAUCGAAGUUAGAUCAAUUAUUAUGUAAGUGAUUAACAUAUGACAAACAUUAUUAGUACAAUAGUGGUGGUAGUUCAUAGAUUUAGAAGUGGCAGAAGUUCUUUUUUCAAUAUUAUGUUUCUAUAGUUUUUGUUGGAAAUGCCGUAACGGUAUCCAGGACCACAUAUUUUUCAAAAAUAAAAAUUUUGAAUUCGGCUCC